UUAUCUGAAUCAUUGUGUAUUAAUGAUUAUCUAAAAAUAAAAAUUACAUAUGUGUGUAUGUAACAAUUUGUAUAAAAUUGCAUGUAUAUAUUAUGUUUAUAUAUGCAUAAAAUUAAUAUGUCCGUAACAGAUCUAUGUAUUUAAGUAUUUCAAUUAUAUGAUAAUUUUAUGAUUAAAAAUAGAAUAUUAAAUUGAUAAAUUAAAGUUUAUUAAUUUAUAAAUCUUUAUACGUGCAUUUUACACGUCAAAUGGAGUAUAAAAAUAUACUGAGAGUCUCAUUUGGAAAAUGAAAUUACAGAAGUUCACAAAUUAAUCCUCUUAAUUAGCUUUUUCCACUAAUGAAGAUUUGUUCGAUGUGCUGUUUGUUUAUUUAUUAAAUGAACUUCAGUUACAUUUCUGGUCUAUAAGCUUAGUCAGCCUUACAAAGAAACAGCAAAUCGAAUAAAUUUUCAAAACACUAUUAUCCCGUAGCGGUGAAAAAGUGGAACUAUCGCUAUGUUUGUCGCUCAAUAUUGCGUUCUUUGCCUACGGACAACCCAUGUGUUGUUAUCUAUUUUUACAAGCGCCAAGUUGCUGUUGCUUCCGUCUCCAAUAGAUGGCAGCACAUGGCUUAUCCGCAGACAAGGCACACAAUAGUAUGCGAUAAGAACGCCUAUGUGUACUCGUAUCAGAUGAAGAGUGUAACAUAUGUACCCGAGUGAGGCAAGGAAAGCGAGAAUGUGCGGCAAAAGCAGCAAUGACGAUUAGUUCCAUCUUUUCAUCACUAUGUGGUGAUAAUAGGACCUGGUCCAUGAAGUUCAAUAAAACUUUCCAAAGAACGUGGUACAUUUCCAUAAUAUGACAAAUUACCUGUAGCGACAGCAUCAUACGGAGUUUUCCCAUUACUAUUAACUGUAUCCAUAUGUGCUCCAGCUUCUAUAAGAUCCAUGAUGAUGGAAUGAAGAGUCAUAAAAUCACUGCAAGGCAACAUUAGACCAAAAGAUUCCUCCAAAGGAAGAAUCAACUGUAUCUGAACUCCCACCCAUUAUAUUCUCAGGCUACAUUAAUUAUGUCAAUGAUUUUAACGAAUGUGCUAUGAUUUGUGACAAUCUUAUAACAGAAAUAGAAAAAUAUGAUAAAAUAGUACCAAUAGGAUUUGAUUUGGAGUGGCCUUUUAGUUUUCAAACUGGAUCUGGUAAAACAGCCUUGGCACAAAUUUGUUUCAGUGAAAAUAUUUGUUAUCUGUUACAUAUAUAUUCAUUAAAAAAAUUACCAGCUGCAUUUGUGGUCCUUUUAAGUCAUCCACAAGUGAGAUUGGUUGGAGUUAACAUAAAGAAUGAUAUCUGGAAACUAGGUAGAGAUUUUAAGGAAUUUCCAGCUUGUAAAGUCGUAGAAAACAAUUGUUUUGAUUGUGGUAAAUUUGCAAAUACAGUAUUAAAUAGGUCUUGUCGGUGGAGUUUAGAGAAAUUAACAGAAUAUUUGUUAAAGAAAAAGAUUAGUAAGGACCCAAAAGUUAGAAAAAGUAAAUGGCAUAUGCAUCCAUUAAAUGAUGAGCAAAAACUUUAUGCAGCAACAGAUGCUUAUGUUUCUUGGCUCUUGCACGUAACUAUACAAGAACGGGCAAAUUUAAAAGAUAAUGAAUUAAAAGAGACACAGAAUAUUAAUGUCUCAAUAUGACUACAAAAAUAGUUAAAGUUUUAUGGGCUGGUAGAUUAAGUUAUAGAUCUGGGCUUAAGCUACAAAAAAUAUUAUCUGAUCAGCAUCACCAAAGGGUAGAAAACAAUAGUUGCAAUGCAUUAAUAUUACUUGAGCAUGAUCCAGUAUAU